AUGAUUCGUUCAGUGCCUUUUUGGAUCCGGUUACAAGAUCUUAGUCUUCAAUAUUCGAGAAGCAAAUGCCUCAGUGCUCUUGUUAGUACAAUAGGCAAGCCGAUCAUGGUGGACAAGUUUACUCGUGAAUGUUCUAGAGUUCAGUUUGCAAGGAUCGUGGUGGAGAUGGAAAUCACUGAUAAUCCUCCUAGGACAAUACAAUAUUUGAAUGAGCAUGGGAGAGACAAGAGUGAGGAAGAUGCUAUUCUUUCCUCUAGAAAUCCCUAUUUAAAAAAGAGAAGUAUAAAUGAGAAAGUAGUUGUUGGUAUGCCUAAGCUUGUUACUGAGGAUCCGCCAGCUGAUAAUGGCCAGAUUGUGUGUGAAAAAGAUUGGCAAUCUCCUAAGAAAGUGUUUUAUAGGGGUUUGAAUGGUCCGAAGAAGCAAGUUGAAGUUUUGAAUCUUUGUAGUAAGGAUAAAGUUGGAGUUGGUGCUCUUUUGGAAACGAAAAUGAGGGGGUCAAAAGUUACUGAGAUGAUGGCUAAUAAGUUUUUGAACUGGGAUUAUUACUCCAGUUCGAUUAUUGAGGGAAGAAUUUUAAUAAUAUGGAGGAGGGUCUAUGUCAAGGUUACUGUGGUUGAAGAGACAAGUCAGUUUGUUCACUUUUUUAAAGCCAAAGAUAGGGAUGGAGGAAAGCCUGUAUCUAAAGCUGAGUUAUUCGAUUCUUCUCAAUGGUUAGCUAGUUCCCAUCUUGAUGUGCUUAAACAAAAAGGUUCUUUUUUUACAUGGACGAAUAAUCAAGAUGGCCAUGCUCGAAUUUAUUCUAAGAUUGAUCAUGUGUUUACUAAUGAGAAAUGGCUGGAUAUAUUUCCCAAUACAACAACAGUUUUCAAAUGGGAAACAAUUUCGGAGCACUGCUCUUGUACUCUCUCUAUUCAGACCAUGGAGCUCUUGGGAGUCAAAUUGUUUAGGGAUCAUAUAGGAGAUAUAGAAAUUCAAUUUCAGAGGACAAAAGUUGUGUUUCAGGAUGCCCGUCUCCUUGCUAAGAAAAACCCAAGAGAUUUAACUCUCCAAGAUAAUGUCAAGACUGCUGCUGAAACUUAUAUUAGCCAGGAACAGAUUGUAUUACAACUUUUUGACUCAAAGAAGAGUAUUAUGGGUAGGCCUAUUUCAGACAAUAAGAAGAUAAAUGUCCACUGUGUUGAGUUGGGUCCCAAACUCAAUGUAGACCAGCAUCUAUCCUUAUUGAAGCCAUUUUCUCACAAGGAAAUCAGAGCAGCUUUAUUCAGUAUUCCUAUUAUAAAAUCCCCGGGUCCCGAUGGAUUUGGCUCGGGUUUUUUCAAAGUCAUGUGGCAGGAUAUUGGAGAUGAAAUAUGUAGAGCUAUAAGUCAGUUUUUUGAAUUAGGCAGAAUCCCUGAGGAGCUUCUUGAUACCACAUUAUCACUGGUUCCCAAAUGUGAGAACCCUUCUAGGGCUGUGGACUAUAGGCCUAUAGCAUGUUGUUCUACCCUAUACAAAUGUAUCUCUAAGCUGCUCUAUUCUCGCUUAGCUAAGGUCCUUCCUAUCUUGGUUCAAUCUAAUCAGGGAGCGUUUGUUAAAGGCAAAUCAAUAGCUCACAACAUAAUGAUUUUUCAAGACCUUAUUGAGAAUUAUGGGAGAUCAACCACUUCUCCAAGGUGUGCAAUUAAAAUUGAUAUUAGUAAAGCUUAUGACACAGUUGAUUGGUGGUUCAUUGAAGAUCUUUUAACAGCGUUGUGUUUCCUUGAGAGAUUUAUCAAAUGGUUAAUGACAUGCUUGAAAAACACAUCUUACUUACUACUCAUGAAUGGCAGAGUUCAAGGAAUAUUUAAGGGUGAAAAGGGGCUUAGGCAAGGGGAUCCUUUGUCGCCUUUUUUAUUUGUCCUAAUCAUGGAAUAUCUCACUCAGAGGCUUCAAUUGGCUGCUCUUGACUCAUCUUUCAGAUACCAUCCGAUGUGUAAAAGCCUGAAUUUGUUGAGCCUUUGUUUUGUAGAUGAUUUACUCUUAUUUUGUAAAGGAUCUAUGGCUGCAGUUGGAGUGCUAAAGAGUGCCCUUGAGGAGUUUAGUGCUGUUACUGGGCUGGAAAUAAAUACUAGCAAAUCUCAUGUGUAUUUUGGAGGAGUUUCAACUAAUGACAGGAAGAAGUUAGCUACUGAGUUACAGCUGUCUGAAGGUAGAUUUCCCCUUAAAUAUCUUGGUGUCCGUAUGAGGCCAACUAAAUGGAAGCAUGAAGAUUGUGACAUCAUUAUUCAAAAAUUUAGAAUGAGAAUUAAUAACUGGGCUAGUAGGCACCUUUCAUUUGCUGGUAGAAUCCAGCUCAUUCAUUUUGUCCUAUUUGGUUUAAGAAACUACUGGAUGGGUAUCUUUAUACUUCCUCAAAGUAUUAUUAAGGAGAUUGAGAAAUUAUGUCGAGGCUUUCUUUGGGGAGUUAAUGGUAACCAGAGUAAAAUUCAUUUGGAAUCAUGGACUAAGGUCUGUCUCCUGAAAGUUUAUGGUGGACUUGGAUUCAAGAAUGGCUCAGCUUGGAACAAAGCAAUUCUAGCUAAGUACAUAUGGGCUAUAACUGAGAAGCAUGACCUGCUGUGGGUUAAGUGGAUAAAUUUUGUGUACUUAAAAGGGUAUGAGUUCUUGUCUUAUAGGCUUCCCCCUGACAUCAGCUGGUAUUGGAAAAAACUGUGUAAUCUCAGGGAUAUCUACAGCUAUGCAGAGCUAAAAGCUGCUGGUAGUGCUGGAAAAUUUCACCCUUCUAAGCUGUAUAACAGCUCUCUAUGUCAACAACAAAUAGACUAUCACAGAGCUGUUUGGUGCCGACUUUCCAUACCUAAACACAUAUUUCUUCUUUGGCAAACAGUUAACACUCAGCUCCUAACCUGUGAUAAUCUGCUCAGUUUGGAUGAUGCUAUUGUUGUUGAUGUUGUAGCUGUUCUUCAGCUUAUUGUGCUUGACUGUGAACCCCAGAUGGUGUACUAG